AUGGCCGCCGUCGACGUCGCGUCGCUCGACUACCUCUUGGCGCCACGAGCGGCGACGAGCUCUGUGCUUACGUCACGCGACCUUUUCGCCCUCCUUGCAGCCUACCAGGUCGGCGUGCCCGGUGCGACGCUGUAUCUUGGCCGCGUCUUCAAGGAGCUCACGAGCUCGGGCGCGACGCUCCACGCGCGGACGCUGGCGGCCUUUCUGGACGCGCUGCCACUUUGGUUUGAGCGCCAUGGCGGUGACCGCAUCGACAAGCUCCUCCCGGGGUACCGCCGCCGCCGUCUCGUGCACUACGGCCUUAUCCUCGGCAACGUCGAGAUUCUCUCUUGCUUCGAGGCGUGCCACGUGCUCCAGAUUUCGGAGCAAGACCUUCUUCUCGCGGGCGAGCAUGGCCAUCUCUCGAUCGUCCGGUUCCUGCUGCCGCGGAUUAGCGUCGUGCACGCCUCCAUGAUCAUGAACCAAGCCGCCGCCAACGGCCACCUUGACGCCGUCACGGUGCUCCAUGCGGCGGGCGGCAAAGCGUCCGAAGCCGCGUAUGCCGAGGCGUGCGCGAACGGCCACGACCACGUCGUCCGGUUUCUGCACCAAGUUGGGUACCGGUACUUUCCGCCGACGCUGGUCAAUGACGCUGCGGCGCGCGGCCACCUCGGCAUGAUCCAGUUCCUCCACGACAUCCAGUACCCGGACCUGGACGCCGCCGUCUCGAUCGCAGCAGACAACGGUCACAUGGAAAUCGUCGAGUUCCUCUUUGAGCGGCGACCGUAUCUCUGGUACGCCAAGCGCAGCAAGGCUCCGGCGCUGGCCUCGACUCACGAGCACUCGAUGGCGCUUAACCUCCUCGUGGCGCGCGUCCUCGGCACGAGGGACCUCUUCCGCCUCGUGGUAACCUACCAGCGCGGCUGCGACAAGGCCACGCUGGCGCUGCGCCAGCUCCUUCGCGCCAUCGACCUCACCGCCGACGACGUUCUCGAGACGCUUCCGGCUGCGCUCGCGCCGGUCCACGAACGGUUGCCCGCGUGGGCGGCGGCGCGCGGGGUCGAGCACAUUGGCCUUUACUUUCCGCCCAAGCUUUUUCGCCACCUCGUCUGCUACGCACUCGUCUGCGACAACGUGCCGGUUUUGCGCGAGCUCCCGAUCGAGCUGAGCUACCACGACCUCGAGCUCGCGGGGCUCCACGGCCAUCAACGAAUUGUCGCCUACUUGAUCGAGACGUACGCCAACGCACCGCACUUGCUGCGCAUCACGCUCAAGGGUGCUGUGCGCAGCGGGCACGUCGAGGCGCUCCAGCAGCUGCACGACGCCGGCGUCGACGUUCCCGACGGCUGCUUCCAAACGGCGUGCGAGCGCGGACACCUCUCGGUCGUCGAGUACUUGUACGAGCACCAUCUCGGCGGCGUCGACGGCGGCGGCAAGCACAUUGUGUCGCAAACCACGAUCAACGGCCACCUGCCCGUGCUCCGGUACCUGCACGCGAGGCGCUUCGAGGGCUUUGACAAGUUUGCGCUGCGGUACGCGGUCGAGCUCGGGCACCUCGGGAUCGUGCAGUUCCUCCACGAGAUCCGCACGGAAAAGAUGUAUGGGCUCGUGUACGACGCCGUGCCAGGCGGCCACCUCGACGUUGUCCAGUUCUUGCAUCAGAACGGCUACAACCACGACAUCAAGGGCGUUCUGUGGUACGCGCUCAAUAAAGGCCAGCAGGACAUUGCGCGCUACCUCCAAGAAGAGACGGCGCUCAAGAAGCGCUGGUCCCGCUUCCAGAAACAAGUGUCGGUCAAGUUGCAGGACCUCAAGAAAGCGAUCACCCACCGCUGAUACUUCGAUGUUUUAGUAUCUAUUCCACACUAAUGUUUGAGUGGAAUUGCGUGGCGG